AUGGGGGGGGAUUUCUGCACAUGCGUACUGCUGACCAGCCUGUGACAGGAGGAGGAGGAGAGGAGAUGCAAAAUGGCGGCGUUCUUGACCCAUCAGCAGAAAGUCUUACGACUUUAUAAAAAAUCUCUGAGGCAUAUCGAGUCGUGGUGCGUUUUCAGAGAUAAGUAUCGUUUCUAUGCUUGCGUACUGAGGGCUCGUUUUGACGAGAAUAAGAAUGAGAAGGACAUGAUGAAGGCCUCCAUGCUGCUGAAAGCUGCAGAAGAGGAGUUCUGGGCAAAUCAGCAUCCUCAGCCCUACCUGUUCCCAGACUCCCCUGGUGGAACCUCCUACGAACGAUAUGAGUGCUACAAGGUUCCCGAGUGGGUUCUGGAUCACUGGCACCCCUCGGAGAAGGCUCAGUACCCUGAUUACUUCUCCAAGAGAGAGCAGUGGAAGAAGCUGCGAGAUCAGAGCUGGGAGAAGGAGGUGAAGCAGCUGCAGGAGGAGACUCCCGCUGAUGGCCCCAGGACCGAGGCUCUUCCUCCGGCCCGUAAGGAAGGUGAUCUCCCCCCACUGUGGUGGCAGUUUGUGACCCGGCCCAGAGAGAGGCCCAUGUGAGAUGCCCUGCGUUACAAAUCACACACGCACGCACGCACUCUCCUCAGCUCAUCUGAGUGCACUACAUGAGUUACAGCAGAACCAUUACACUCUGACAUGUUUGUGUUUCAGCUUCACAGGAAUGACUAACCCCAAACAUGAUAAUGUACGAUCUUAAUUGAUAGACGUUGACAAAGUUUGAGUGUGUGUGUGUGGGAUGUAAGUGUAGACUGUACAGACAUGUAGAGCACCCAUUGUUCUUAGAAUUCAAAUAAAUAAAUCUGUUAAUCAAA